AUGGCGGGCACCGUCGCUGUGGUGAAGGAAUCCGCCAUGUCGCGGGAACUUCAACAAGACUGCAUAGACUGCGCCGCGUAUGCGUUGCAUGAGUUGGGACUACAUGAACAAACCGCCAUUGCCCAGUUUAUCAAGCGUGAGCUCGACAGCAAAUACGGUUCCCGCUUUCAUUGCAUUGUAGGCCGCUCCUUUGGCUCGUACGUUGGUCACGAUGGCCAGUACUUUGUCUACUUUCUUAUUGGUGACUGCGCCUUUUUAAUAUGGCGCACUGUUGACACAUUUGAGGAACGUGUGUUUUAUGUUCCCGUGGAUGAUCUGGCCAUAGGAAGGCUGCAGUGA